UUCUGUAUUAUAUCGCACAGAUCUCCACUUUCUCUCUUCUAUUCUAUUUCCAAAGUUCGCUUUCUCCCAAACACCUCAUCAAAUCUCCAUUUUCGUCAAACUCUCGAUUCUAGGGUUUUCAUUUUCUCUGUGCUUUGCUCGGAUCUUCCAUCUCCGACUUCGUUGAUCUACUCAACAAGGGUUUUGGAGUGAUUGAACUGGAUUAGCAGUGAGAUUCGUAAAAUUUCCUUAGGGUUAAGGAAUCUCGAUGGAUAACGACAAAUCUCUGGGUCAUGGCGGAGGUUUUCCACCUCCGACAGGACGCUAUUCGGGUUUCUCACCCACUGGAAGCGCCUUUAACGUGAAAUCUGAGCCCUCUUCGUUUCAUCAAUUGGUUCCGGGAAACAGCUCUGAUUCUACUCAAUUUGGACAUGGAAUGUCAACAGAUUCUAGUGGCUUUAGUCAUGAUAUUAGCAGGAUGCCAGAUAUUCCCCCGAGGAAUAGAGGUCAUAGGCGUGCUCAUUCCGAGAUUCUCACCCUACCUGAUGAUAUUAGCUUUGAUAGUGACCUUGGUGUUGUUGGAGGUGCUGAUGGGCCCUCAUUUUCUGAUGACACCGAAGAAGACUUACUGUCCAUGUACCUUGAUAUGGAUAAAUUCAAUUCAUCAUCGGCUACAUCCACAUUUCAAAUGGGUGAGCCAUCAAAUGCUGCUGCAGCGCCAGCUUCAGCAUUGACACCGGCAUCGGGAGCUCCAACCUCUUCUGCAGAGAACAUUGUUAUUGGUACUAAUGAAAGGCCCAGAGUUAGACACCAGCAUAGCCAGUCCAUGGAUGGGUCAACAACCAUCAAACCUGAGAUGCUAGUCUCAGGUUCAGAUGACAUGUCUGCAGCUGAUUCCAAGAAAGCAAUGUCAGCUGCCAAGCUUGCAGAGCUUGCCUUAAUUGACCCUAAGCGAGCAAAAAGGAUAUGGGCAAAUAGGCAGUCUGCUGCAAGGUCAAAAGAGAGGAAGAUGCGCUACAUUGCUGAGCUCGAAAGGAAGGUGCAGACAUUGCAAACGGAAGCAACAUCUUUGUCUGCACAAUUAACGCUAUUGCAGAGAGAUACAAGUGGACUGAAUUCCGAGAACAGCGAGCUUAAACUGCGGUUGCAAACCAUGGAGCAACAAGUUCACCUGCAAGAUGCAUUAAACGAUGCGUUAAAAGAGGAAAUUCAGCAUUUGAAAAUACUGACUGGGCAAGCUUUGCCACCUAAUGGAGGACCUAUGAUGAACUUUGCUUCUUUUGGAGGGGGCCAGCAAUUCUAUCCCAGUAAUCAUGCCAUGCACACUCUUUUAGCUGCUCAACAGUUUCAACAGCUCCAAAUUCAUCCUCAGAAGCAGCAGCAUCAGUUUCAGCAGCUUCAACAGCAACAAAUGCAGCAGCAGCAGCAGCAGCAGCAGCUGCAGGAACAACAGCAUCAGCAAUCAGGGGAUGUGAAAAUGAGAGCAGCUACACCUCCUCCAUGCCCCAAAGAUAAUGCUUCAUCAGAUGUAAAUCCUUCGGCGGCAAAGGAUUGUUGAGACUGCACAUUUGUCUUCUCUAUUGCUUUUCUAAUUUCCUUUUGUCUCUCGUAUCGUAGUGUGUCUAGGUUCUGGUCUUGUUACAUUGGUUUAUUCUUAGACAGUACAAAAGAUCCUAGUUAGAGAUUGAGAAUAAUACCUUGCAUCUCUACUGUGUAAAAUUCUAAAAUUCUUUGGAGCCUUAGUUGAUUGGCUAUGGAUAUACAGGAGUAGGUUUAUGUUUGUUAAGUCUGCCUUCAGUUUCUUUUUUCUAUAACCAUACCUCGAGACAAGCUACCUGUUUAUAUUGUUCAUCGUAGGCACUACUGACGGAAACCUGGAAUGUUCAUUUGAAGCUCCAUUUGUGGUUUCCCGUGAAGGAAACAAUUGCAAGAGGUUAAUGCUCUCGUUUGUUACGCCUGAACAUUCUACUCAAUUCUGGUAAGCUUCCCAGUAAAUUUGCAACUUGAGUUGUGGGCAGACAAAUGGAUUUGUAAGUUGCACAAAUAUUAUCAUAAAGUAAUCCGAUAAACUUAUGUUUGCUAACAAAUAAUUAGUGUUACUAUCAAUGGUAUUACCAAUCAAUUUCAUUGUUAGAUCGAUCAUGUUGA